AUGACAAACAGCUGUCGUCCUGGGAAUGCCACAGCCAUUCCAGCUGUGUCUACUGCCUCUGUAGGCUCCCCAAAUGCUAUGUGUCUGCCCAGUUCCUGCCAGAAUAGGACAUGGCAGUUGUUUACAUGCCAAGAAAACUGUCAUCCAUCCAGCAAUGCCAUGAGGGUCUGUGGAUCUGCUGCUUGUCAAUCUACCUGCUUUCCAGAAACUUGUGUGGGCUUUGUUUGCAAACCCGUAUGCUCCCGCACAGACUGUAGUCAGCAGGACACUGGCCGGUCUCCUUGUCUGGAUAGCUCAUGUCAGCGGUCCUGCUUGAAAUCCACUGGUUGCCAGGUAAAGUGUUGUGAUGCCAGCCCCUGCCAGCAAAGCUCCUGCCAGGAGUCUGACUGUGUGUCUGGGUCAUGUGCGGCAGCUUGUGGCCAGUCAGGCUGCUCUGAUGCUAGAUCCUGCCAGCCGUCCAGCUCUGAAGCAACACCCUAUGUUGAGACACCUUAUGUUCCUGUCGUCUGUGCAACUGGCCCAUGCCCACCAACCUACUGCCAAGGAGAUUCCUGUCAGCCCUUUGGUGGCAAAGAUCAACACUGCAAAGCAGUUCAUUACCAACCCGUCUACUGUGUUUUCAAGCCUUGCUCAUCAGUGCCCUGCGUGCCGCUUUCCUGCCAACCAUUGACUUGCAUAUUCAGUUCCUGCAGUCCUGCUUGCUGUGUAUCCCCUCCUUGCCAGCUGCUUCACUGCCAGCCAGCUUCCUGCAUAUCCUUUAUUUGCCAGCCAGUGGGUAGCUGCCAGCCUCCUGCUUCUGUAAAGAGCCCUUGCAAAUCAGUUUCCUGUGGCACUUUGCUUUCCAGCCCACCGACUUGCAGUAGACCCACUUCCUACAACCAUAGUGGUUGCAAAUCUCCUUCCUGGCAACCAACUUGUUGUGUGACAGGCGUAGGCAAAUUGUGCAAUGGUGGUGCUGAUUACUUCUGA